CAUGCAGGCUCCACCCAGCAGGAAGUGUGGAUCUGUCCCACCCAUGCCACUCAGGCCUAUUCCUUCCCCCACACCACUUGCCGUGGACAACUCCUGGGGGUAAAUUUCCCCUUGUCCCAGAGAGGAGGAGGGGAGCCAGCAGCUGGCAGGAUGAUCCGGAAUAUGAUAUAUUACAUAGCACCUCUCAGGGUUUCGCUCCCCUUCUCUUUCCUCCGUAGGUUACACACUCCCCCUACGCUUGCCCGCCAGCCAGUCCCUGACCUCCGGCAGAUCCUCGCCCAUUACCUGCGCUCCCUCCAGCCCCUGGUAAGUGAAGAUGAGCUGGAGAGCACCCGGGAAAUGGUGGAGGAAUUUCUACGUCCCAGAGGACAGGGAGAGGAGGUGCAGCAUCAGCUACAGAAGAGAGCGGAGCGCACUGACAACUGGCUAACAGAUUGGAGACAAGAGUGCGUUUACCUAGAGAACCACCUGCCGCUCCCAGUACACUCCAGCCCAGCUGUCAUUCUCCCCCAGCAGGAACACAAAGACUGGAGGGGACAGCUGAGAUUUGCUUCUAAACUGAUCUCUGGUGUCCUGGAUUUCAAAGCCAAAAUCGAGAGCCCCGAGGGUCUGGAAGACUUAUGGCGGGGACGCAGAUUGUGCCCUGAUCAGUAUCACAAGUUCUUUGGAUCCUGUAGAGAGCCCGGCUACAAGAGGGAUCGGGUCCUUCUGCAGCCGCCAAACAAAUCUCCCCCUCAUCACGUGACUGUCUGCAGGAACUACCAGUUUUUCGAGCUUGAUGUGUACAACAGUGAUGGUUCGCCGCUGACCGAAGAUCAGAUCCACCAGCAGAUGCUGUUUCUGCGAGCGCACUCCAAGAAGACCGACAAGGAGCCAGUGGGGGUGCUCACCACCGACCACCGCAAUAGCUGGGGGCGUGCGUACAGCUCCCUCAUCCGGGAUCGGCUGAACAGGGAUUCCGUGCGCAGCAUCCAGCGCAGCAUCAUGACCGUGUGUUUGGAUGCUACGGCACUGAAGUUCUCCGAGGACCUGUACAGCAGCCGCACAGCCGCGCAGAUGUUGCACGGAGGGGGGAGCCAUGCCAAUAGCGGCAACCGCUGGUUUGACAAGACCUUGCAGUUCGUGGUGGGAGAAGAUGGAACAUGCGGCCUGAUAUACGACCAAGCGACGGCCGAUGCCUCGGCGGUGGUGACGAUGCUGCGCCAUGUUUUGGACUACUGUUCCAGGGGUCCCAGUCUGCUGCUACCCCGCACUCCUAUCACCAGGGUUCCUCCCCCAAGGAAGCUGUACUUCAAUUUCCCCCCUGAGACCAAACAGCACAUAGAGCAAGCCAAGCAGAACCUGGACAUAUUGGUCAAUGACCUUGACAUCUGCUGCUUCUCUUUUCCUGAUUUUGGGAAGAAAUUUCCCCAGAGGCACAACAUGAGACCUGGAGCUUUUCUGCAAAUCUGCCUCCAGCUGGCGUAUUAUAGGUUACAUGGCUCUCUUUGUGCCACUUGUGAGGGCGUCUCGCUCAGAGCAUUUCAUAGGGGGCGCUUGGAUGUUGUGCGCUGCUCCUCCCCAGAGGCGCUGGAAUUUGUACAAGCUGCAGAUGAUCCCAACAAAUCGGCACAAGAGAAGUUGUCUCUCAUGUUGAGAGCUGUAGAGAGUCACCAAGCAGCUACGGAGCAGGUGUUACAGGGGCAGUCUGUGGAUGGCGCUAUCCUGGCUCUGAAGAUGAUGUGCAUUUCCUCUGGUCUGGCUCUCCCCUCGCUCCUCAUGGAUACGUCCUAUGCCGUGUCCUCUCAUUGGAAGCUCUUCACAGGACAGGUGUCCUCUCCUAUGGACUGCGUGAUCUGUUACGGACCCCUGGUUCCCGAUGGAUACAGCGUCUGCUUUGCACCCUCUCAGAACAGUAUUACUGUGUGCGUCUCCGCUUUUGACUGCUGUCAGGAGACCGAUGCGGAGAGACUGUCGGACAGUCUGCAGGGUGCUCUGAGAGGCAUGCGUGCUCUCAUACUGGAGUGCCGGCCUGGAGAGGAAUAGCGGUUUGCGUUUGCCUCACUCUUGCUGCCGAGCCUACCUGUUUUAUUACAUACAGUACUAUGAGCCGUCCCUCAGUAGAUGAUGCAGAGAAUGUUGCUGCAUAUUUAUAACCGUGUAAGAACUUCGGCUGCAGCGUGAUAGGAGGUACACCGUAUGCAAAUCUGAUUAUUAUCACAGGUGUUUCCUCGUUCUAGUAACUGGGAGUGUUCAUCAAAAGUCGUUCUUCUAACUGGUGUUUACCGAAGAAGAAAAAUCCAUUCUUCCUCCCCUUUCUCUGUACUUCUUAUGCUUCACGUGAGUGUCUGAAGAUCAGUGGCAUCUCUUGGCUUGUCAGACUGCUCUGAUAAUGUGACAAGAGUCCCAGCCGCUGAUUAUAUCUCUAGAGCCUUCUCCCCCAGCUCCUGUGUGGCCGUUGUAGUGGCAUGAAGGGGGGAAAAGAGCCUUGGUGGACCGCACUGUUACAGUAUGCGAACCACGCAGGAAUGGCUUACGUGGUAGUCCUCGUAUCGGCCUAGGUGUGUCCUAGGAUUUAAAGAAUGCAAGUGGUCAUGUUACAUUAAAGCCCCGUCUUGUACAUUUCCUUAUUGUUCAGGAAUAAAGGUCAAAAGUAAAGGUAACCAAAGCUUUAAUUCUAUUAAGGAUGUGGUCUGAUAUUGUUUAAAGGCAGAAAAAAUAAAAAUAAAAUGGUAAAUGUAAGCAACAUA